AUGCAUUCAGCUCUGAACUUCCUCACUGGCGGCCGACAAUUCAAGGGUCGGCUUUUUCAAUGGUCCAAACCUGCUCCCAAAAUAGAUGGCUUCGCCCCUAAGGAACCUUCUUCCAACCAUCUAUCGCGCCUAUGGAAGCAUAGCCGAGAGACGGGCAGGGGGAAAUGGGCCUAUCUCCCAAAGCCCACCGAGGAUCUGCCUGGCACAACCCAGGACCCCCCGUCUUCCAGCUCAAACUCCUCGUCUCAUGGUAUCAUCGAGCAGAGGCAAGAGCAGGAAGUGACAGGAAAUGGUAGUGGUCACCAAGGAGCAGUCUUGCCAAAUCCUCAAGUGGCCGAUUGCAUAGCAAAAUUGCAAAGGCACCGCAAAAUCACCACGAAAGUUCUAGCGCAGGUCUUUGAGUUGAAUGCCCUGAGGGCUCCCAUGUUCCAGCAGACCGAGGACGUUGUGGCCGCCCUACAAGAGUUCAUCCUUGAAGUGGCUGAUCUCACAAAAUCGGUGGAAUUGUCUGAGCCUCUCGCCGCACAACUUGGUAAUCUCCAGCGCAAGUUUGAUUUGUUCCGCAAAGGCACAGUUGCGUCCUUUCGGGCAGACCAGGCUCAAUGUGCUCGUCUGGAAGACGAAAUCAUCCAGUCUCUCUUCCACUCUGGCAGGCGUUUGGAUGGGUUCCUUGAGACAAAUGCCAUUGACCCGGCUGCCUUGGGGGAUGUAGCUUCUGAUACCAAUGCCAGUUUAGCUGGUGAAUACUCUAACCUGGCACGAGAAUCCGCCGAGUAUGCUCCAGAAGAUAUCCAAUACUUGGCCAUGAUCGGCGAUCGCGACAUGAUAGUAGAACAACUCCUGGACCUUCGAGAGGAACAGGCGCAAUUGCUUCAAGAGCAGGACUCCAGAGCUCAAUUCGGCAUUAGCAUGGACGACGACUCGUUGCAUUUUCUGGAGUCAUUUGAAUGUGAAGAGCGGACGCUGCUUGACGAACUCGAACUUGCAGACUUACGCUUGGAGGCUAUGAAACAGCUCAUAACAGACGACGAAGCUCUAGCAAUCUCCAAUGAAGCUUCUGAGCGUGAACCGGACGAAGAUGAAGGCGCAACGAGGCAUCUGCAGGUAGUGAGGCCGUUGACUCAACCCUCCCCUUCCCCUACCCAACCGGCGAUGCAGACUCGGCUCUCCCAAACGAUGCUGCAUCGUAAAAUCAAGUAUGUGGAUCACCUUCGUGGUCUAGACAUGCUUCCAGUGGACCAUGGCGACUUGAUCAAUGUGUGGCUACUGCACCGAGUACAAUUCCUGCCUCGACUUCUCCAUGAGUACACCGCACUUAUUGAGAGGCAAUAUGAAGAAGUCGACGAGGAUGAUUUGGAGCAUCUUUUUCUGGAGAAGUGGUUCAAUGACUCGUCGGCCGCCGAUUUCACGAGGCAUCGAAUCUUUGCGGAUCAACAAUCAAUGCAAGCCAACCUGGCAGAGUCGGGAGACCUUGCGCAAAAGAGCCUGUCAGCCUUGCCUAUUCGACCGACUUCUUCAUCAUUGCUGCGCAUAGGCCCUUCCACAACCGCACAGGACAUUAUUGCGCAGGCGAUGCACGCCCGAGGCAUGUCGCCUUCACAGUUGUCUACCACAUAG